CCGUCUUUAAAAUAUAUUUAGACAUGCCCGAGGACAUAUUGACUUGUUAACUCUUUUUAAACAUCUCGACAGUGAUGACAGUGAUGUGGACAGUGAAGGUGAUUGGCAUGGGUUUGGUGGCCCUCUCGCUCAGUGUGGAGUUGCUUAGUCGGCUCCUGCGUCGCCUCAGGCCUGAGAGAAGUCUCAAUGAGGUCCUCUUCUUCCCCUCAGAGAUGGCCUGUGUGGAGCACAUCUUUACUCAAUCUUCACCUUUCUCCUGUUUCUGUUCGUUGCCUCAUGGUGUGGAGACCUCUUUUUCCCGUCUUCUUCGCCACAUCAUGUCUGCUUCCUCUACUCUGGAUUUGUGUGUUUUUGCCUUUUCCAACAUGGACCUGAGCAGGGCUGUAUUAGCACUGCAUGGAAGGAACGUAACCAUCAGGGUCCUCACUGACAGGCAUUACUCUGCCAUCACUGGCUCCCAGAUAGGGGUUCUCCGCAAGGCUGGAAUCUGUGUACGGUGCGACGUUGGCUCCGUGCACAUGCAUCACAAGUUUGCAGUGGUGGACGGCCAGCUGCUCAUCACCGGCUCCCUCAACUGGACACUGACAGCAGUGCAGAGCAACAUGGAAAAUAUCCUCGUCACUGAGGAGCCAGACCUGGUCCGACCCUUCAUCAAGGAGUUCCACAGGUUAUGGACACACAACGAUCCAGCUCAUUAACUCCCAUCAAG